UUACCAACUAAGUUUUGCUUAUAUUUUAGGAAGAGUACGAGAAUAAUUAGCUUUAAAUGUGAGAGUUGAGACCAUAGGAAAGUACAUCAAUAACUUCAAUUUCUCAGUCAUACUCAUACCCACGGACCACAAGAGAAUCAUUAAUUAUACUAAAUCCAAUAAUAAAAUCAUUCACAACUCAUAUAGUUCUCCUCCAAAUAUUGAAACUUUCAACGGUCAACAUUCAAAUAGUAACCCCUAAUCCCCAAUAUUCAGUCACCUAAACUACAAUACAAACAACCCCAAAAAACUUAGUCCUUAUUUGAUUCCAAUAUUUAAUUUUUUACUUAUUCAACCACUCAUGUUACCUAGCUUUGACCCACGUACCACACACCCUUCCCCUCCACAUAUAUAACCAACCAACUCAACCUUCUCUUCAUAAAUCAUUCACAACACAAUCCUUCAUUCAAACUUCAAACAAACAAAAACAAAAACACAAAUUUCAUUAAAACAAACAAAAAAAAAAAAAACAUUUACAUAAGAAAACAUGGUAUUGUCAUGGACAAGAAGAAACAUGUUCCGUCGUACCCACAAGGCAAAAGAGCAACUUUCCGGCGGCGAUUUAACGGUGGAGGAGAUAACAAUCCCAACCCAUUUCCGGUGUCCGGUGAGUCUAGAUUUGAUGAAAGAUCCAGUAACUUUAUCAACAGGAAUCACCUAUGACAGAGUAAGUAUCGAAAAAUGGAUUGAAUCUGGAAACAAAACAUGCCCAGUUACAAAUCAGAAACUUUCAUCUUUCGAAAUCACACCAAAUCAUACAAUAAGAAAAAUGAUUCAGAGUUGGUGUGUUGAAAAUAUUUCUUAUGGAAUUGAAAGAAUUCCAACUCCUCGUAUACCUGUUUCUAGCUACGAGGUUUCUGAUGUUUGUACUAGGUUGUUGUCGGGUUGUAGAAGUUUGGAUGAGAAAAAGUGUGUUGAGUUUGUUGGAAAGAUUAAGGUUUGGUGGAGAGAGAGUGAAAGGAAUAAAAGGGUUAUUGUUGGAAAUGGUGUUUGUUCUGUUUUAGCAACGGUUUUUGAUUCUUUUUCAUGUGUUUCAUUUGAGAAACAUGUUGUUAUUUUGGAGGAGAUUUUGGAGAUUUUAACAUGGAUGGUUAUGACUCCUUUGGGCGAAUCAAAAUCAAGAUUGUUUUCGUCGUCGAAUUCUUUAAGUUGUUUGGUGUGGUUUCUUGAUGGUAAAGAUUUAGGAGCAAGACAAAAUGCUGUUUUGUUACUUAAGGAAGUUACAAAUGUUGAGGAAUUAUCAAAAGUUGAAAGUGUUGUUGAAGGUUUAAUCAAGAUUAUUAAGGAACCAAUUGGGUCAAGUGCUACAAAAGCAUGUUUGACAACAAUUUUCAAGUUGGUUUCAUCAACUAAAAAUAGAGUUGAAAUUGGUGAAAGAUUUGUUGAAUUGGGUUUAGUUUCAUUUUUACUUGAAACAAUUGUUGAUGGAGAAAAAGGGAUAAUUGAGAAAGCACUUGGUGUUUUAGAUUGUUUAUGUGACUUCAAGAAAGGUAUUGAGGUUGUGAAAAUUAAUGCUUUAACUUUACCUCUUGUGAUUAAGAAACUUUUGAGGGUUUCUCCAUUAGCUUCUAGUUUUGGUGUUAGUAUUGUUAGGAAGAUAUUAUGUGAGAAAAAGGAAGAAAGUGUUUUGAUUGAAGCAAUUCAACUUGGUGCUUUUCAGAAAUUGUUGGUUAUGUUGCAAGUUGGGUGUGAGGAGAAAACAAAGGAGAAUACUACUGAGUUGUUGAAAUUGUUGAAUGGUUAUAGAAGCAAAGCAGAAUGUGUUGAUUCUUCAUUAGAUUUUAAGUAUCUUAAGAACUAAGAAAAUGUUCUAAAUACUGAUUCAUGAGAAUUUUUUUGAUGAAUACUAUUCAUGAGAAUGAGAUUCAUUCUUUUUUUUUUGGUUUUUGUAUAGGGUAUAUUCAUUCAUUUAUAGAGACUAAAUUCUUUGAUGUAUAAAGAUACACACACAUUAAUAAAGUUCAUAGAAAUUGUAUGCUCAAAAA